CGCGUUACGUCAGAGGUCGUAGUUGAGAGACAGCCGGAGGAGGGCUCGUGCUGGACGGUUCGCGGGAAACGUCCCAAAACAAAUCAGAAACUUCAGACUCAGUUAGAAUUAAUCAAUCAGUCCAACUAAUCGAUGUGAUUGAUAGGAGCAACUUCUUCUAACGCGGGUACUUUAACAACUUAAUACUACUGUGGAGCUGAACCUGCUACUAACGUUAGCUUUAGUUAGCUGCAGGCUAACACAACAGUUAGCUCAUCUGUUAGCAUCAUCCGGGUUAGCACAGACACGAGAGGUAACGGUUAGUGACGUCACAGCUACACGGCCGGCUGAAGGACUCGGGACCGCUCGGGACCCGGGCAGAGACAUGGCGGAAAGACCCGAAGACCUGAACCUGCCCAACGCGGUGAUCACCCGCAUCAUCAAGGAGGCGCUCCCAGAUGGGGUGAACGUGUCUAAAGAAGCCAGGAGAGCCAUAUCCCAAGCUGCCAGCGUGUUUGUGUUGUAUGCAACGUCCUGUGCGAACAACUUUGCCAUGAAAGCCAAACGGAAAACUCUGAACGCAGGAGACGUUUUGGCUGCGAUGGAGGAGAUGGAGUUUGAGAGAUUCCUGGAGCCGCUCAGAGAAGCUCUGGAAGUGUACAAGAAGGGCCAGAAAGGAAAGAAGGAGGUGUCUGAGCAGAAACGUAAAGACAAAGAGAAGAAGACCGACUCUGAGAACGAUAAGAGCCGAGAGGAGGAAGAGGAGGAGGAAGAGCGCAUGGAGGAGGAACCUGAAGCUGAGAACGACGCCGAGGAGGAGGAGGUGGAGAACUGACGAAGCGCCGACGACACAAACGAUUAAAAUGCACUCACCAUCGCUGACCUGGACUGCGAUGCGUUCAAGUGACGCUCCGUCAUCACAGAGCCACCGUGAAUCAACACAUCCGGGUUCAGAGCGCAGCAGCAGGAUGGGCUCAGAGAGGUGGGGGGGGUUACGUUCAUAACGUGUGCAGCUGCUGUCUUCAGCUCAAUGACGCCACAAGACAAACUACGUCACGCACUUCCUGAUCUUCAGUCCAUUUUGUAUUUUUAAUCUUUUUUUUGUAUAUACCUGCGUCACCUUUUGAUACGAACUUACAGUAGUUAGUGUGUGUUGACAGGAAGUUAAAUACAAAGACACUGAAUAUUCUGGCUCGACUAAAUCCACUUUAAUAAAUCAAUCAGUUUACCAGCGGAGGGAGAGAGAACAUAGACGGUAGUUUGACGUGUGUUCAGUUAUCAAUAGGUUUGUUUUCAUAGUCUCACCGUUACAGUGAAACCUUCAAAUGAAUAAAUAUAAACACAAAAAAACUUUUAAUUUAAACUAAAGAAGCCACAGUUCUCAAAUGUUGACCAAAAUCAAAUGGGCCUUGUUCACACCUGGUAUUAACAUGGGUCGACCGCUCUAAGUACGUCAGUUCACACCCGGCAUCAGGAUGCGUCUCAGGGACUCCUCGUGAUCGGAUCUCACUUCCCUGCUCUAUGUACACAUAAACGAGUACAUCAUUUCCGUUAGCAGAGACCAAAAAGCAGGAUGCAGCGAUGCACUUCCUGUGCCUCGUCUGCUGGAAAUUAAUAGAAGAAGAAGAAAUCAAAACAAUACAGACGCACUUGUAAUAUUUCUUGGUGGGCUUUCAAAAUGUUCAGACGCCGUGGACAAAGCCAGCUUACGCUGAAUUCACACCAGAGCAGCGACAAAGUGCAGCGUGUGGCGAGCUACUGUGCAAUGUCUAUGAAAAGAUGCGGCAAUGUGCGGCCAAAGUGCAGCCAGUGAGUACCUGCAGCCAAUCAGUAAACAGAUCCUGAGACAUGUUGAAUUUCUUCACGAAUGAACACACCUCCCGGCCUUAGAAAAAUGGAAUCAUUGCAGCGAGCCGCACUUCGCCGCCGUGGGAAUUUGGCAUUACGCAAAUUGAGCACGAACUGGAGAAAAAGGAGGAACAAAAGGAGAGCCGCGGCGUUCAUGGCGUAUUCUCCCGUUACGUCCUGGUCGGGGACGCGUCAGCGUUUACACUACAAAGGAUACGUGGUCAAAUGCGUCCCAUCAGACCACCGCGCAUCACGAUGCGUCUUGGUGGUCGUUUACACUCGUGUUUAGUGCCGUCUACUUGUGAUCCGAUCACCCAGGAUGCAUGUUAAUGCCGGUAAACGGGUUAUAAGGUCUAUUUAAAUGUAGAUUUAAAUCAGGAACUUCUUGAUCAAAGAAUAAAGAAUAAAAACCUGAAAUUUGAUUCUAGCUUUUGGGACUAAAUCCAGCACUAGUUUUGAAUUUAGCAUCACAGUUUGGUUUAUUGUAUUGUUCUGUAACGAAGUGUUUUUUUCUGUGUACUUACACAUACUAUCUGACUAAAUACUAGAAGCAGAUACCAGCGUGUACCAGCUAAAUGUGAUAAAUACUGUGUUCACCAUGAAGACAGUGACGUCUGUACUGACCUGUUGGACUACAGGACGUCAGUAGUGUCUCUUUAGGUCCUUUUUGUUCCUGAUCUGCUGAGUUUUUGAACCGUUUAUACUUUUGUAGAGUUGUAUAUGACUGGCUGAGAAUUUCAAUAAAUAUUUUGUAUAAAAAUCA